CUGCGCAGUACAAGAUUGAUUUACACGUGUGGAGAAUAUUUUCCACGGCGUAGAGGCCUCGUGCUUUUUUUCCUGUGAAAUGGCUAAUGUAAGAAAAUUCAAGCCUCUCUUUGACAGGAUCUUGGUAGAAAAAUUCCUCCCAGAAGUGAAAACAAAAGGAGGUGUUCUUCUUCCAGAGAAAGGUCAAGGCAAAGUACUAGAGGGUACAGUUGUGGCUGCUGGCCCUGGAAACUGGGAUCACAAGAACAACCAAAGGGUAGAAGUUAACGUCAAGGUUGGAGACAAGGUCUUACUACCAGAAUAUGGAGGAACAAAAAUAAAUUUAGAUGAAAAGGAAUACUUCAUCUACCGUGACACUGAUAUCUUGGGGAUUUUUGAGUAAUGCCAGCUUCUAUUUGAUUGUGUAGUAGUGGCGCUGCUGGAAAAGAAAAGAAUCACAUGCUUGGAAAUCACCGUAACUUAUUGAUAAACUGUGAAAUAACUGGUACUGUUAAUGAUUGUCAAGUACAGUGUUCUCUUGCUAAUCCUCUUUUUUGGACUUCUCUUCUCAACUCAGGACAGGCUUGCAACCACUUUUUCUGUAUUGGCAACAAAAUUUUAAGACAGUCUAGCUAGGUAUUCUUUUUAUAAAUAAUAUUUGUAAUAAGCAAAAUGCUCAUUAAUUUUGGUCAAGUACACUUUGUUUGCUUUUUGAGUGGGUUGAAUAAACUCUGUGUGCAUGCAAAUAAAUUAUGCUAUAGCUUGUGGCAAAGUCAGUUAUUGCACUGUGUAAGAGUUUGAUCUCAAUAAAUUUUUGGUGUCGUAAAAUGUGUCUUA